AUGAAUACGUUGAAUGAGGAUGAAGUAGAGAUUCAACCUGCAUGUGUUAAUGAAGUAGAUGAUAAGGAUGAAGAAGUGAGUCAAUCUGCCUACGUUGUAGUAGAUGAUAAGGAAGAAGAGGUGAUGAAACAUGCAUGUGUUAAUGAAGUAGAUGACAAGAAAGAAGAGGGUUGCUCUUCUCUAAAUUUGGAUGAUCCCAGGAAUUGGAAAAUUAUUGAUCAGAGAAUAAGGGAUUACUUAGUUGAAAGGGGUCCAAAAAGAGUUGAUGACAUCUCGUUUCCGAAAGAUUAUGCAAGUCAUGAGGAGCAGAUGUUGUUAAUAGUACGAUUUGUAGAUGAUUCGGCAAACUUACCUACAGUUGAAGAACAUUGGCUUGAAUUUUUGAAGGUAGAUGACACAACAGGACUUGGACUGACAAUCGAGUUUCAAAAGGCUUUGAUCAAACUCGAUCUGGAUAUUGAUGACAUUAGAGAGAAAGGGUAUGAUAACGGAUCUAACAUGAGCGGGAAGUACAAAGGUGUGCAAAGAAGAGUACUUGAAAUGAAUCCCCGAGCUUUCUAUACUCCAUGUGGCGCUCAUAGUCUAAAUCUAGCGUUAUGUGAUAUGGUGAAUUGUUGUUCCAAAGCUGUAUCCUUCUUUGGAGUGAUACAUCGCAUCUACACUUUGUUUUCAUCUUCUACCAAGCGAUGGCAAAUUUUUAAAGAUAAUGUAAAAGGGUUGACGGUGACGCCGUUGUCACAAACACGUUGGGAAAGUCAUGUUGAGAGUGUGAAGCCUAUAAUGGAGCAAACUGCACAGAUAAGAGAAGCAUUACUUGAUUUGGCAUAA